AUGGCUCCAACCCUUGGCCAUGGCUCCUCCCAACUCGGCUGUCACAUGCUCCGCAACUCAUUCUACACCAGCGGUCGUUAUGCAAACUGCAGCUCGCCAUCUGCCUCACGACACAUGCUCCUGGCCUCAGCGAGAUCGCGAUGCCUGCCACGGCCUACGGCCUCUUCCAUUCGAACAUUUGCCUCCAAUUCGGGCAAGAGACCGAAAUUCUCCCAGCGUCUCGGCGAGGCCAUGCGCAACACCAAAAUACAAUGGUACCAGAUCCCUGUCGGUCUAGGUAUUGGGUUUCUCGGUCUCGUCCAAUUCUAUAAGGUCUCUUCUCGUGAAAAGGAGAGACUUGAAAUGGAAGAUGGACAAGAUGGCACUAGGACGCCAAAGAAGCGUGCCAGGAUUCGUCCCGAUGGCCCUUGGCAAGUCCAGGUCAUGUCAACUCUACCUCUCAAGGCUAUCUCUAGGAUCUGGGGUCGAUUCAACGAACUAACCAUUCCUUACUACCUUCGGGUUCCUGGUUUCAAGCUUUACUCUUGGAUCUUUGGUGUCAAUCUCGACGAAGUUGCCGAACCCGAUCUCCAUGUGUACCCUAAUCUCGCAUCCUUUUUCUAUCGUACUCUCAAGCCCGGUGCUCGACCCCUCGAUCAGGAUCCGCAUACUCUUAUAUGUCCCUCUGAUGGCAAAGUUCUGCAAUACGGCCAGAUACAAGGCAACGACAUAGAGCAAGUUAAGGGAAUGACUUACAGCAUCGACGCCCUCCUGGGAAAGAACACGCCUCCUGCAAGCAUCUCAGGUACUUCUACACCAGCGACCAGCCAAUCAUCGACGGACAUUUCAGAUGAGGAAUCGCUUGUCAAGCAGGACGAGGAAUUUGCUCAAGUCAACGGGAUCUCAUACACUCUCCCCGAUCUUCUCUCCGGCAUAGGAAAGCAGGCUCCUUCGGCGAAGGAUGAGUCUAUGCCUGCAUCUCCUGGUACAGUGUCCGAGGUUCGUGCUGAACUGGCCCUGGGUGAGCGACCUUGGUACGAUCUUGUGUCUCCCGAUAAGACCACUUCCCUCUACUAUGCAGUGAUUUAUUUGGCCCCCGGUGACUAUCAUCGCUUUCACUCUCCAACAAACUGGGUUGUUGACCGCCGACGUCAUUUUGCUGGAGAACUAUACAGUGUUUCACCAUAUCUUCAGCGAACUCUCCCUGGCCUUUUUACCCUUAACGAGCGUGUGGUGCUUUUGGGCCGCUGGCGCUUCGGUUUCUUUAGCUACGUUCCUGUUGGAGCGACCAAUGUUGGCUCCAUUGUCGUCAACUUCGACAAGGAGUUAAGAACCAAUAGUCUUUUGACCGAUACAGCAGCAGACCGUGCCGCAGAGGAGGCUGCCAGCAGGGGUGAAGUGUACCAUGGGUUCGCUGAAGCCACGUAUGAAGCAGCUAGCCCUGUUCUUCGUGGCCAUGCGCUCCGACGCGGUGAAGAAAUGGGCGGUUUCCAACUGGGUAGCACUAUCGUACUCGUAUUUGAAGCACCUGAAGGCAAAACAGACGAAAACAACAAGCAUAUUGGUUGGGACUGGGCUGUACAGAAGGGACAAAAGGUGAAGAUGGGACAGGCUCUGGGAAGAGUCAUCGAGUAA